AUGCCCUUGGUUGAGUUGUUAUCCACGGCUUUUGAGAGGCUAUCGGCCUACCCGCUGCUUACUUCAAGCGCUGUUGCGCUGGGCUAUGUGCUUACUGUGAAGGCGGUUGUUGAUAAAUCCAGAAAACGCAAGCGCAACCCCAAGAAUCUUCCUCCACCCCCGGGACCCAAAGGAUACCCUAUAAUCGGAAAUCUAUUUGACGUUCCCCACCCUGCGGACAGCCCUCAUAUUAUACGAGAAGUUCGGGGCUUUCUUCGCCGACUUCAACAAUCCCCAGAGAAUUUUAUGCAUCACGUACGGCACACGUUUGCAGCCAUCAUCAUGGGCAUAACGUAUGGUAUCACUGUUGAAGACACAUCGGAUCCGUAUAUAUCAAAUGCAGAAGAGGCACUACAAGGCCUUGUAGAAACAGCGAUACCCGGUUCAUACCUAGUUGAUCUAAUUCCCGCUUUGCUCUAUAUUCCGUCCUGGUUCCCAGGAGCUAGUUUCAAAAGGAAGGCUGCGUACUGGAGUAGGCUCAACAACGAUGUAAUCAACAAGCCAUUUGAGUACAUUGAAAAUGAACUUACAAACGACAGAGAGGUGGUCCCUUCGGUCACAACGUCGCUGAUCAGUCGUUUGCCUGAAAAGGAUGAUCCCCUCUACUCCGAGGAAAGACAAAUUGCGAAGCACGCGACAUCCGUCGCGUAUAUUGUGACGUUGACGGCUGACUCUUAUCUUGGACCAGCUGGAGCAGACACUACUGUCUCGACAGUGCAGACGUUAUUUUUGGCCAUGGCAAUGUACCCGGAAGCACUGAAGAAGGCGCAUGCAGAGCUGGACGCCGUAGUCGGUCCCUAUCGUCUGCCAGAUUAUGGAGACUGCGAUUCAUUGCCGUAUAUCAAUGCUAUUGUCAAGGAAAGCAUGCGAUGGAACCAAGUCUUGCCCUUAGCUAUAGCUCAUAUGACCACUCAUGACGACGAAUACGAUGGAUAUUUCAUCCCACGAGGAACGGUGGUGAUGCCAAACGGAUGGAGCAUCUUGCACGACCCAGAGGUCUUUCCCGACCCGAUGGAAUUCAAGCCCGAGCGCUACUUGAAGGAUGGGAAGUUAGAUCACACUGUCAGAAGCCCCGAGUGUGCAGCGUUUGGCUUUGGACGCCGUAUCUGCCCCGGGAGACAUCUAAGCGACAACUCUUUGUACUUGAUUGUAGCGUCGACACUGGCAGUGUACGAUAUAAAGCCAGCCAUCGACGAAUUCGGGAACCCUAUAAAACUUGAGGCUAAAUUCACGAGCGGAUUCAUCUCGUAA